AUGCCCCUCCCUCGCCUCGAUGCGGCCCUCGACGCGCAGGCGGCCCUGCGGACUCCGCCGCCCUCCCCCGUGCGCUCCUACUACGACGCGCUCCAGCAGCAGGCGGCCGGGCGCGGCGCGCGGGACCGCUUCGUGGACUGGACCCCGGACAUGUCGCCGCCCUUCGCGCUCGGCGCCGGGGCGGAUCCGGAGGCGGCGCUCGUGGGCUCGCCCCUGGGCGCCCGUGCGGGGCUGACGUUCAAGGCGCCGCCCGUGGUAGCGUGGACGGGAGGUGCCGGCGAGGUGGGUGAGCCUCGUGGCAAGUCCGAGGAUCCCAUCGAGACCGACAUGAGGAGGCUCUGCGACGAGUACAGGAUGCAGCAGCAGAAGGAGGGGUAG